AAAUGCUAGAAAGCAAACUUUAUUUUUGUCCCCUUUUCCCAGGACUACAGGGGGGAUUGUCCCCUGAAGGUUGGUAUUGGCUGCUGCCACACGGGAAGACGUGCCUGUCCUGCCAGGGUCCGUGGGGGUCCACUCUCAGUCAUCCAAGGACAGCCUUUUUCCCACCUCUUCUGUCUGUGGUGCUUUGGGGUGCCAUCCUGUGGGCUGGCUUCCUCCCCGAUCCGGCCCUCGGGUCAGGGACCUUCACCUUGGGGGUGCUGGGUCCUUGGGACUGUGACCCCAUCUUUGCCAGGGCCCUCCCCAGUGUAGCAGCCCAGCUGGCUGUGGACCGAGCCAACCAGGACUCCUCACUGGUGCUGGGCUCGAGGCUGGCUUCCAUGGUCCUUGCCACGGGCUGUGACACCCCUCAUGCUCUGGCCACGUUCCUGGCCCACAAGAAUACCGUGGCUGCCUUUGUGGGCCCUGUCAAUCCCGGUUACUGUCAAGCGGCAGCCCUGCUGGCCCAAGGCUGGGGCAAGACCCUCUUCUCCUGGGCUUGCGGAGCUCCAGAAGGAGGAAGUGAGCUGGUGCCCUCCUUGCCUUCGGCUGCCCACGUGCUGCUGUCUAUCAUGAGACACUUUGGCUGGGCUCGUGUGGCCAUCGUGUCCUCCCACCAGGACAUCUGGGUGGCCACAGCCCGGCAGGUGGCCGUGACUCUGAGGACGCAUGGGCUGCCUGUGGGGCUGGUGACCUCUCUAGGACCUGGGGAGCAGGGGGCCACGGAGGUCCUGGAGCAGCUCUGCCACGUGGACGGUCUGAAAAUGGUGGUGCUCUGCAUGCAUUCGGCGCUCCUGGGGGGCCUGGAGCAGACGGCCCUGCUGAGCCGAGCGUGGGCCCAGGGCCUGGCAGAUGGGAGGCUGGUCUUCCUGCCCUACGAUACCCUGCUCUUUGCCUUGCCCUACCGCAACCGCUCCUACGCGGCCCUUGACGACCGCGGGCCCCUGCAGGAGGUCUAUGACGCAGUGCUCACCGUCAGCCUGGAGUCCGGCCCUGUGGACGAGGCCUUGGAAGCUGCCAGGGCCAUUGGAGAGGUGGCUGCCCACCUGGAGCCAGAGCAGGUGUCCCCACUCUUUGGGACCAUCUAUGAUGCUGUUGUCCUGUUGGCCCAUGCCCUGAACCGCUCUGAGAGCCAUGGGGCAGGACUCUCGGGAGCCCACUUGGGAGACCAUACAGGGGCUCUGAAUGUGGCUGGCUUUAGCCAGAGGAUCCGGACGGAUGAGAAGGGCAGGAGAUUGGCUCAGUACGUCAUCUUGGACACAGAUGGUCAGGGAAGACAGCUGGUUCCCACCCACAUUCUGGACACAGGCACGUGGCAAGUGCAGCCCCUGGACAGGGCCAUACACUUUCCAGGAGGGGCCCCUCCAGCACGUGACUCCAGCUGCUGGUUUGACCCCAAUAUGCUAUGCAUGAGAGGUAAUUCAUCAUCCCUCCAUCCAUUCACCUAUCCAUCCAUCCAAUCACCCAAUGCGUUUUCCUCUUCCUGGAGAGCUCCCCACCUUGCCUGGUUAAAUCUUACCUGUCUUACCAAUCAGGGCUGCCCCUCCACCCCGGCCACCAUGAUCCCCACAGCCCCUGAAUGCACAGCUCCCGGGGAGCUUCCUCGCUUUUGUCCUGGCAUGUGUCCUUUUGCUGGCUGGCGGGACCCUCACUUGCCUCAUCAGGCCAAGGGCCUGGGUAGGGGGCAGUGCUCAGCAGUGACCCCUCGGUGCUGGGACUGCUGGGGAGAAGGGAGAGAAAGAGGGAGAGGGCUCUGGGUCAGCGCAGGCCCAAUAGGCCAGAUCGAGGUGGGAGUGAUACGUGUGCCCUCCCUCUGCCCUGCCCUUUCUCUUGCCUCCAGAUUGGGCAUCCAACAGCUACAGCUGGUGCGGGGCCCCCACCGGAUCCUGCUGACAGCCCAGGAGCUCACCUUCAUCCAUCGGCCGCCAAGCAGACGGAGGCUGCACAUGGACAGCGUGAGUGAAUCAAGAAGUGUGGCAGAUGGCGGGAGCCUGAGGUCGGUGGCCCAGGGGUCAGCAAGGAGCCUGCCGGCCCCCCAGGAGCCCACCAAUGUGGCCCUGUACCAGGGGGAGUGGGUGUGGCUGAAGAGGUUUGAAGCAGGCACAGCCCCUGAGCUUCGGCCCAGCUGCCUCAGCCUCCUGAGAAAGAUGCGGGAGAUGCGGCAUGAGAACGUUGCUGCCUGCCUGGGCUUCUUUGUGGCCCCUGGGGUCAAUGCUCUAGUGCUGGAGCACUGUUCCCGGGGCAGCCUGGAGGACCUGCUGCGGAAUGAAGCUCUGAGGCUGGACUGGACUUUCAAGGCCUCUCUGCUGCUGGAUUUGAUCCGUGGCAUGCGGUAUCUGCACCAUCGACAUUUCCCUCACGGACGCCUCAAGUCCCGAAACUGUGUGGUGGAUGGGCGCUUUGUUCUCAAGGUCACUGACCACGGUUAUGCAGAGCUCCUGGACGUUCAGCGGGCUCCCCGCCCCCGGCCAGCCCCAGAAGAGCUGUUGUGGACGGCUCCAGAGCUGUUGCGGGGGCCCGGGGCGCCGGGACGGGGCACCCUCAAAGCAGACAUCUUCAGCAUCGGCAUCAUCCUGCAGGAGGUGCUGACUCGAGGCCCACCCUACUGCUCCUCAGGGCUCUCCGCAGAAGAAAUCAUCAGGAAGGUGGCAUCGCCCCCUCCCCUGUGCCGGCCCCUGGUGUCCCCUGACCAUGGGCCGCCCGAGUGUAUCCAGCUGAUGGAGCAGUGCUGGGAGGAGGCUCCAGAGGACAGACCCAGUCUAGACCAGAUCUACACCCAGUUCAAAAGCCUCAAUCAAGGCAAGAAGACCAGUGUUGCUGACUCUAUGCUGUGGAUGCUGGAGAAGUAUUCCCAGAACCUGGAGGACCUGAUCCAGGAGCGGACUGAGGAACUGGAGCUGGAGAGGCAGAAGACAGAGAGGCUACUCUCUCAGAUGCUCCCUCCGUCUGUGGCUGGAGCUCUGAAAAUGGGGGCAACUGUGGAGCCAGAGUACUUUGACCAGGUUACCAUAUACUUCAGUGACAUUGUGGGUUUCACCAUCAUCUCAGCCCUGAGCGAGCCCAUUGAGGUGGUAGGCUUGCUCAACGACCUCUACACACUGUUUGAUGCUGUUCUGGGCAGCCAUGAUGUGUAUAAGGUGGAGACCAUCGGGGAUGCCUACAUGGUGGCCUCAGGGCUGCCCCGGCGCAACGGGAGCCGGCAUGCGGCCGAGAUCGCCAACAUGGCCCUGGACAUCCUCAGCUCUGUGAGAGGCUUCCGGAUGAGGCACGCACCCGAUGUACCCAUUUACAUCCGGGCUGGUCUGCACUCAGGGCCCUGUGUGGCAGGGGUCGUUGGUCUCACCAUGCCUCGGUACUGCCUCUUUGGUGAUACUGUGAACACCGCAUCCCGGAUGGAGUCCACAGGACUGCCAUACAGGAUUCAUGUCAACAGAAGCACGGUCCAGAUGCUGCUCAGCCUGGAUGAAGGCUACACAGUUGACAUCAGAGGCCAGACUGAGCUAAAGGGGAAGGGCAAAGAGGAGACCUACUGGCUGGUGGGGAAGGCAGGCUUCCCCAGGCCCCUCCCCACACCGCUGAACAUCAAACCUGGGGAUCCCUGGCAGGACCUCAUAAACCAAGAAAUUAAGGUGGCCUUUGCCAAAGCGCGCCAGGGUAUGGCCAGGCCCAGGAGCUCGGGUCAGGCCUUCGCUGGGCCCUGAGGAUGAAAACAGUGGCCCCUGCCCAGAAACUCUUGUGCCUACGUACCCCCAAACCCUCCUUCUACUCCAAUCCCUGCAGAGAAUGCUCUUGCCCAGCAACCUGAAAGCCAACAGAGUGCUCGUUAAGAAGUGCCCUAGAGCGAUAUUAACUGAUGCAUUCCACUAUGAAUCCUACGGGCAAACUUGCCUCUUGAUACAAAAACAAUAAAAAUAGAAUUAUUCCCU